CUGAAGCGACUCCAGCUUUUCCCAUGUGUGCUUUGUACACACGCAGUUUACUUCCAAUAUUAUCUUUUUUUCUCAGUAAAUAAUGGAAAAGAAGGGCUCAAAUUCAUUUGGGAAGAAACCAAAAGCUGCAAAAAUGAAAGACGGAACUGAUCCCGUGAAAAACUUUGAGAAAUGGAAGAAAAAAUACAAUAAAACUAAAGCUAGAGUGAAGAUUGAACGAGCGAAAAAAAAGAAGCCCGAAUGGCAGGUUGAGAGGGAAUAUAUUGACAGGCUUGUGAGCAGAUACGAGGAGAUAAACACGAAAGAAGCUGUUAAAUUCUCCGAUUUCCCCUUGUCAAAGAAAACACUGUUAGGACUUCAGGAGGCGCAGUAUCGGCAGCCCACGGAGAUCCAGAGGCAGACCAUUGGCUUCGCUCUGCGGGGGAAAGACGUGCUCGGAGCGGCCAAGACAGGCUCCGGGAAGACCCUCGCCUUCCUCAUCCCGGUGCUGGAGUGUCUUUAUCGCCAUCAGUGGACCUCCAUGGACGGACUGGGAGCCCUGAUCAUAUCCCCCACCAGAGAGCUUGCCUACCAGACCUUUGAGGUGUUGCGUAAAGUCGGCAAAAACCACGAGUUCUCUGCUGGUCUUGUUAUCGGAGGAAAGGACCUCAAAACUGAAUCUGAGCGAAUUCACCAAACCAACAUUGUGAUCUGCACCCCGGGGCGACUGCUGCAGCACAUGGACGAAACAGCCACUUUUCACGCCUCGGACCUGCACAUGCUUGUCCUGGAUGAAGCCGAUCGCAUUCUGGACAUGGGGUUUGCCGACACACUCAACGCCAUUGUGGAAAACCUCCCCAGAACUAGACAGACACUGCUUUUCUCAGCCACUCAAACCAAGUCGGUGAAGGAUUUGGCCCGCCUCAGCCUCAAAGAUCCCGAGUACGUUUGGGUCCAUGAGAAGGCCAAGUUCAGCACGCCGGCCACACUGGAGCAGAGCUACGUGGUGUGUGAGCUGCACCAGAAAGUCAGCAUGCUUUUCUCCUUCAUAAGGAGUCACCUCAAGAAGAAAGUCAUUGUGUUCUUCGCCUGCUGCAAGGAAGUACAGUAUUUCUUCAGAGCAUUUUGUCGCCUCAGACCUGGCAUCCCUGUCCUGGCUCUUCACGGUAAACAGCAGCAGAUGAAACGAGUGGAGGUGUACAAUGACUUUGUGAAAAAACAGCAUGCGAUGCUCUUUGCCACUGACAUCGCAGCCCGAGGUCUGGAUUUUCCCGCUGUGAACUGGGUCCUUCAGUUUGACUGUCCAGAAGAUGCAGACACUUACAUACACAGGGUGGGACGGACCGCCAGAUACAAGGAGGGAGGAGAGGCUCUGCUCCUGCUGCUGCCCUCAGAGGAGAAGAGCAUGGUCCAGCUACUGCAGGACAAGAAGGUCCCCAUCAACAAGAUCCAGGUGAACCCGGAGAAGCUACAGAGCGUGGAGCAGAAGCUUGAGUCCUUCUUGGCCCAGGAGAAGGAGAUGAAGGAGCGUGCUCAGAGGUGCUUUGUGUCCUACCUGCGGUCCGUUUACCUCAUGAAAAACAAGCAAGUGUUCGACGUCAACAAACUGCAGCUCCACGAGUACGCCCUGUCCCUCGGCCUCGCUGUGGCUCCAAGGGUCCGGUUCCUCAACAAAACUCCAGGACAAAACAAAGAAAGCCAAGUCCAGCAAUCGGACGAGGAGGAGGAUGAAGAACUGAGGAGGUUUAAGCAACAACUUAAAGGAGAUGUUGAAGAAAAUACCAAAUCUGAGUCUGAAAGUUCCUCAGAUGAAGAAAGUGCAGAGUCAGCAAAUAGCAAAACAGCCUUAGGAGACGCCGACGAUGAUGAUGAUUUGAGAGACUUGGACUUGCUCACGGUAAAACGCAAAGAUGUUUUUAAUCUCAAAGAAGGGCAAGAAGAAGAAGAAGAAGAAGAGGAAAAACUGAAAGAAAAGAAGAAACAAAACAAAGAAACCAAGUACAAAGAGGCCAAAAAGGUACUCAAGAGGAAUUUCCAAGUCAAUACUAAAGUUACGUUUAGCGAGGAAGGGGAGGCUGUGCAGUUAUGGCCUCCGGUUCAGAGGGCCGUGACAGGAAAUGACGAUGACGAUGAAGAAGAAAUGUCAGGAAUUAACGUAGAAAAAGCAAAAGAGAGACUCAAAAUGGAGGAUCAGGAGUUUGACAAGGAGGAGUACAGGAGGAAGGUGAAGGAGAAGCAUCGGGAAAGAAGGCUGAAAGCUAAAGCAGCGAGGAGAGAAGCUAGCAAGAAAAAUAAGCGAGAAGAUGAGGAAGAGGAUGAAGUGGUCGCAUAUUUGGCUAAUCAGAGCAACGAAGAGGACGAAUUUGAUCCUAGUACGCUGCCAGAUCCGGAUAAGUUGGACAAUUCUGGUAGUGGGGAAGAGGACGAUGAAGAGGAAGAGGACAAGAUUAAAUCAACAAAAAGGCGGUUAAGUAGUGAAAGUGAAAGCGAAAGUGAAAGUGAAGAAGAGGAGAAACCAGUGUCUACAAAGAGGCUCAAAGUGAAGCGACAAGAAGAAGAAGAGGACACAGUUCUGGAUACUGGGCUUUCACUGGCAGAGGAUGAGGAGCUGGUCUUGCAGUUGUUGUCUGGGGGAAGAUAAAUGUGUUUAUAGUAGAGUAUAUUCAUUAUUAUUUGAGCAUAUGAAUAUUAAAUAACUUUAUAAAAUGUGCACACACAUCUGUUGGUCUUCCUCUGUCACUCUUUGAUUAACUGUGAGGUGUGGAGAUUUGUAAAGAAAGGGAUAGAUAUUUUUUUUCUCCACUAACUUUCAUAAAUUAAAUAAAAUUCCAAGAUGUGUUGUGAUUCACUUAGUCUACGGAGCUCAACAGUGGCCCCUUGCUCUGCUUCCGGAAGUAAAUUUUCCUUUCAUUUUUCCCAAAGACUUUUCGAAGAAUUCAAAGUCAAACCAGCUAUGUGGUGACCAUACUGCCCUACAAAGGCAAAAGACCUUAACUCACCAGUGUGAAACUUAGAAAAAUUAUGUGAAAAUUAAGUUUCUGUUUUGGCCAGACAAAAGUAUAACAGGUAGGGCUUCCAAAAUCUGACAACUAGUUGCUAUAAUGAAGAAAUAUUUGUAUGAGAAAAAUACUGAGCUCAAAAUUUACCUUUGACUCUUGGAAGUUCCUGUACUCUGUGUCAUGUGCCAGAAAUAAGGAGUCAUGCAAAGGCAAAAGACAGUAAUUUUGAGCUCAAUAAUUUUCACGAUAUUUAUUCUCAUGAUAAGUUAAAUUUUGUUUAAUAUUCUGCGAAGUGUUUUAAUAACUUUGCAAGCAUGUUUUCAUCGUUUAAUUAAUUAAUUUAUUUUAUUUUUUCUGAAAGUCUAUAAAAAAAUGUAAUGUAAAAUUUUGUUCUGGACCUGGGGGCAGGCAGUCACUGUUGAGCUACAAUAUGUUAACCUGUAACAAUUUAUGUGCAGAUAAAAUAAAAGUGUAAUUUCAGUGGACUGGUGAAUAAAUAUAAAAUAAAUUCCAUUAAUGUAUGCAAGAA